AUGGAGAAGAAGAAGCAUAUUACAUGGGCUAAAGAUGAUUUCAUUGAUUUGGUUUUAUCAUGGUCUAUUAAUGAUAUUUUUGAUGAAACUUUAUAUCAAAAUAAGGUGGAGAAGAUCUCCGAAUCAUUCGAGUCCGUGGAUCAUUACUUGAGUUCUUUCUCCUUCCCCUUACUCGAAGAAUCACGAGCAGAUAUUGCUGCUUCUUUAAAAGACAUAGUCAAAGCCCCAUUUGCUGAAUUGAUCUCCGUUGAUGAAGUAGAGCCAAAUGGAUCAUUGGUUUUUUCUGUUGAGUUCGACUAUUGGAGGAAUAAAUGUAGUGAUGGUCGGGUUCCUUAUAGCACUUCGUGUGGUGAUAUUGUUGUUAUCUCGAGUGUUAAACCUGAAUCUGCGAAUGACCUACAACGAUCAGGAUAUUGGACAUUUGCAUCUGUUAUUGAUGCCAAUGAGAAUGACACUUCGACUAAUUUUAUAGUCAGAGUUCCUCCAAGUAGUGGAUUCGUCAAGGGAAGACGUUCAUGGCAUGUAGUGUUUUUGGUGAAUGUAAUGCCAAGUAGCAGAGUUUGGAACGCGUUGCGUGUGAAAGAGAAUUGGUAUAUGAUCGAGAAAGUACUGUGCCCCGUGCACGAGAAAUCGAUCGAACAAAAAUGUGAUGUUUGUUCAGAAUAUGAUGGACCAGUUGGAGUAGUUACGUCCACGCUGUUGUCUAAGUUGAACGAUUCUCAGGCUAAUGCAAUCUUCACCUCUCUAGCCGCCGUGAAGUGUCACCACAAGGCUUCCUUUGGACUUAUCUACGGUCCACCUGGAACCGGAAAGACUCAUACGUUAAGUGUAAUGCUUAUUGCGCUGCUGCAUAUGAAGUGCAGAACUGUUACUUGUGCCCCAACUGACGUAGCAGCAGCUCUAGUUGCUUUCCAGUUGGUUAAACUGGUCCGGGAGUCAUUUAAGAAUGAGUUCGAUGGCUUUUGUCCGUUGGGUGAUAUACUCUUUUUGGGGACCAAGAACUAUGCGGAUGUUCAAGUUGUUGCGGAGAUUUCCCUCGAGUAUCGUGUCAACAGGUUGAUGGAGUGCCUUGCAGCAGAAACUGGUUGGAAGGACUGUUUACGUACGGUGAUUAGUUUUCUGGAGGAUUACCAAUAUUUCGAUGUGAAGAACGAGCUAAUCAAAAUCAAAUCCCGAUUUAGCAGGGCUGCUUCAUCUCUCCGAAGAUGCAUGCUCGUAAUCUGUACACAUGUACCUAUACGGUUUCUUGGAGAAGGAAACAUUGAAAAAAUAGUGCGAUCUCUCUCCGUACUUGAUUCACUCGAGGAGAUGCUAAUUCAGCAACCAUUUGGAGUGUCGUUGAGUAGCGAGUGCCUUGUUCUGAAAGAUCUUCAGAAAUCUCUCGGGACACUGGAUUUUCCUAGCGCGACGAGUAAGGGUCAGAUAAUAGAGUUCUGUAUCCAAAUGGCUUCAUCGUUUUUCUGUGCUGCUUCUACUUCAUAUAAGCUACAUUCAGUCGAUAUGAAGCCAUUCGACUUAGUGAUUAUCGAUGAUGCCAACCAAAUGAAGGAGUGCGAAUCAGUAUUGCUCCUUCAACUUCGAGGUUUGAAGCAUGUCGUUCUAGCUGGAGAUGAGUGCCAACUCUCAUCGAUAGUUAAGAGUAGAAUUUCGCGUGAAGCUGGCUUUGGAAAGAGCUUGUUUGAAAGACUCGGUUCGUUAGGUCAUGCAAAGCACAUACUCAACAUACAGUACAGGAUGCAUCCUUCGAUAAGCCAAUUCCCAAAUUCGGUUUUCCAUCGUAGGCAAAUCCUUGAUGCCUAUGAUGUAGAUCGUAAAGCCUAUGAGAAAAUGUAUCUUGCCGGACAGCGUUUUGGUCCGUAUGCCUUUAUAAAUGUUCCGUGGGGAGAAGAAGAGCUGGAUAAUCUUGGGCAUAGGCGUAAUUUGGUUGAGGUUGCGUUGGUAAUGCAAUUACUUCAGAGCUUGUUCAACGCUUGGAGUACCUCGAAGAUGAAACUGAGCGUUGGCGUAAUAUCACCCUAUGCUGCUCAAGUUUUGGCGAUAGAAGAUAGACUUAGUCAGAAGUACAAUAAGCAUGCAAAUUUUGAAGUUAACGUGAAGACAAUUGACGGAUUUCUGGGAUGGGAAUACGAUGUUGUAAUAGUAUCUACUGUCAGAUCUAAUCAUGCUGGAUCUGUUGGCUUCUUGUCUAGUUUUCAUUGGACUAAUGUCACAUUGACCAGGGCUCGACAUUGUCUUUGGAUAUUGGGCAACGAGCAAACAUUAAUGAAUAGCAACUCCAUCUGGGAAGCACUAGUACGUGAUGCCAAGGAUCGUCAGUGCUUCUUUCAUGCAGAUGAAGAUACGGACAUGAGGAAAACAAUUUUAGAUGUCAAGAAGGAACUCGAUCAACUAGAUGAUUUUCUAAAUAGGGAUAGUAUUCUAUUCAAAGAAAAACGAUGGAAGGUCGUGUUCAGCGAGAAUUUUAGAAAAUCAUUUCGAAAGUUGGCAUCCUCAUGCUUGAGAAAGUACGUGUUGACUCUUCUCGUUAAGCUUGCUAGUGGAUGGCGCCCGAAGAGGAAGAACGUGGAGUUAGUUUGUGAAAGCUCAAAUCAAGUAGUAAACCAGUUCAAGGUCGCUGAAGGGCGUUAUAUCGUUUGUACUGUAGAUAUUCAGAAAGAGAUCAUAUAUACACAAGUUUUAAAGGUUUGGGAUAUAUUGCCUUUGGAGGAGGUUCCGGCGUUUUUAAGACGUCUUGAUGCAUUAUUUUUGAUGUAUACUUAUGAAUUCAUCGGUCUCUGUAAGGCGAAGUAUUUCGAGGGGGAUUUGGAAGUUCCAAGGACUUGGAAGACUCUUCGUGUUGUUCAAUAUAAGAGGGAUACUGAGAGCGAAUUGAACCGCGACUCAGGAUAUGUUGAAAGUUCGAGUGUGAGUGAAAGUUUCUUGUUAAUGAAGUUUUACUCCUUGUCUUCAGGUCUCGUCAUCCAUAUGCUCUCCGAUAGCCAUGGUGAAGGAGUAGAUGUACCUUUCGAAGUUACUAACGAAGAGAGGGAGAUUAUCCUUUCCCCCAAAAGCAGUUUCAUACUUGGCCGCUCUGGUACUGGGAAAACUACCGUGUUGACAAUGAAGCUUUCCCAAAGAGAGCAACAACACCACUGUUCGAUUCACGGGUUAAAUGUAUCUGAGGUAGCAGGAAUUGGAUCAUUCGAGGAAACUGAACAGAGUCGGUAUAUCGGAGAGGCUAGCAAGACUACCUUGCACCAGCUAUUUGUGACAGUUAGUCCGAGACUAUGUUUUGCGGUCAACAAACAAGUUUCACAACUGAAAAGGUUUGCUCUUGGUGGAAGUUUCUGGGCGGAAAGCAGCUUUGAAACUGAUGAUUUGGAUGGAAUGACGCGGUUUAGGGACAUACCGAAUUCUUUUAUUGACAUUCCAUGCAAAAACUACCCUCUUGUGAUAACUUUCCAUAAAUUCUUAAUGAUGCUCGAUGGAUCUGUAGGUUCUUCCUACUUUGAUAGAUUUAAUUUGAAGUGGAAACCUUCGAAGGACAAAAGCUUGAGGGCUGUUGCUGUAGAAACAUUCAUACGAGAAAAAGAAAUCAAUUAUGGCCGUUUUUGUUGCUCAUAUUGGCCUCACUUCAGGAGUCAGUUGACGAAGAAUCUUGAUCCUUCGAGGGUCUAUAUUGAAAUAAUGUCUCAUAUAAAAGGUGGGGAACGAGCUCGGGAUUUUCGUGAUGGGAAGCUUAGCCGUGAUGCUUAUGUUUCCAUGUCUAAAAAACGUGUCUCAAAUUUAAGCGAUGAAAAAAGAGAGGGACUUUAUGAUAUAUUCCUAGCUUAUGAAAAGAUGAAGGUGAAGAGAGGCGAGUUCGAUGUAUCCGACUUAGUUAAUGAUCUUCAUCUUCGACUAAAGCGUCAUCCUCUCGGUGGUGACAAAAUGGACUUUGUAUAUAUCGAUGAAGUUCAAGAUCUGACGAUGAGGCAACUUUCUCUUUUCAAAUAUAUUUGCAGGAAUGUCGAUGAGGGGUUUGUUUUCUCCGGGGAUACGGCCCAGACUAUUGCCCGGGGAAUUGAUUUUCGGUUUCAGGAUAUAAGAAGUUUGUUUUACACCGAGUUUGUCAUGGAUUCAAAGCGUAUUGCUAGUAGAAAUGAUAAAGGACAUCUAUCUGGUGUUUUUCAAUUGCGUCAGAACUUCCGCACGCAUUCUGGUGUGCUCAAAUUUGCUCAGAGUGUGAUCAAUCUUCUGAGUCAUUUUUUCCCUCGAUCUGUUGAUGUAUUGGAACCUGAGACAAGUCUGAUAGAUGGUCCGGCUCCGGUGUUGCUCAAGCCCGGACAUGGUGAAAAUGCUAUUGUUACUAUUUUUGGGAAUAAGGGAAAUAGCAGUGGAAAAAUAGUCGGCUUUGGUGCGGAACAAGUAAUAUUAGUACGUGAUGAAUCAGCAAAACAAGAAAUCUAUGGUUUGGUUGGGCAGAAAGCUCUUAUUCUGACCAUCGUUGAAUGCAAAGGGCUCGAAUUUGAGGAUGUACUCCUGUACAAUUUCUUUAGCUCCUCGCCGCUUGGAAGUCAGUGGAGAGUCAUUUAUGCGUUCAUGAAAGAGCGUGGUGUUGCCGAUUUCUCCUUCCCAAGUUUCUGUGACACGAGACAUAAUAUUUUGUGUUCUGAAUUGAAGCAACUUUACGUUGCUAUUACUCGUACAAGGCGAAGAUUGUGGAUCUAUGAAAGUGUAGAUGAGUUUUCCCGUCCUAUGGUCAACUACUGGCGAAACUUGUCUCUUAUAGAAGUGAAGAAUGUAGACAAUUCAGUCACGGAUACUUUGCAAAGUUUUAGCACUCCGAAGGAAUGGAAAUCCCGGGGAAUGAAGCUUUUUUGGGAGAAGAAUUAUGAGAUGGCACUUAUGUGUUUCAAGCAAGCAGGAGAAACGGGUUGGGAGAAAAGGGCUAAGGCAGAUGGUUUGAUGGCAACUGCUGAACAACUUCGUUCUUCAGAUCCCAAUAAGGCUCGAACCUGUCUUCUCGAGGCAGCUCAAAUCUUUUAUUCUAUCGAUAGAUUUAAGUCUGCAGCGGACUGUUUCUAUGACGUGAAAGACUAUAAACAGGCAGGUACUAUUUAUUUGGAUAAGUGUGGUGACCUGAUAAAGGCUGCUGAAUGUUUUUUACUGGCUGGGCAUUAUAAGCGGGCAGCGGAACUUUAUGCGAAAGGAAAUUAUUUCAAAGAGUGCCUAUCAGCCUGUACCAAAGGCAAAUGUUACGUCUUAGGUUUAGAAUAUAUCGAAAACUGGAAGCAACGUGCUGGUCAGCGCAGUUAUGCUGGGAAAAUUGCUGUCGAUAUUGAUGAAAUCGGGAUUGAGUUCCUGGAGAAUUGUGCAGCUAAUUAUUUUACGCUCAAGGACCGAGAAUCUAUGAUGAAAUUUGUCAAUGCUUUCCCAACGAAGGAAAUGAAGCGGAGAUUCUUAAUGUCUCGAAAAUGCCUUGAUGAGUUGCUUCUUUUAGAACAAGAAUCAGGUAACUUUGCUGAAGCAGCAGAAAUUGCACGGCUGAAUGGAGAUAUUCUUCGCGAAGCUGACCUUUUCGGGAAGGUUGGGGACUACGAUAAGGCAUGCUGACUCGUCAUUAUGUAUUCGCUUUCUCACUCGUUGUGGAUGGGUGGAAGCAAAGGUUGGCCUUUGAAAUCAUUCGUGCAAAUGGAGGAACUCGUAAAGAAGGCGAUGACAUUUGCGCGGCAUGGAUCAAAUUUUGAAACCACGUGCAUUGAGGUUGAAGUUUUAUCGAAUGAGUUGGGUGACUGGACUGACUUAACGCGUAUUUUCAGCGUCUCUGUAAACACCUAAUUUUUGACCAAACUGAAUGUUUUACGUCAUUUAGUGUUUAAUAUAUACACUUAAUUUUUAUCUU